AUUACCAAACUAUUUUCAAAUUCUGGUAUAAAUUCUGAACUUAAAAGGGUAUCAUGUAAAUAGCUGAACUAUUAAUUUAAUCUAAUUUUGUAACUCCGGUCAUUUGCCGAUUGAAAAUUAGUGACGUGGAUGACUGGAAAUCCUACCUGGAUUCACCGGACAAACAUUUAAACACAGUCGUUUAAAUUACUGUCUAUACGUCGUCGUUUGGGCUGAAGACUGAAUUUUUUAUAAAUUAGAACCUUAAAACCUAAUUCCACAUUUCCACAUUUGUUGCCCUAAAUUAAUUCGACGCAACCAUGAGCAAAUGGUGGAAUAGCGAGACCGGAGAAUCCUUUUCGAGCUCAAGCUCGUCUGAGUUGGGGUUCAACUCACCAUACAAUUCGCGUUCGGGUAGCUCCGCUGGGCUGCCCAAACUAUGCAAACACGGCAUUGCGUCGUUGAGAACUUCUCACACCCCUCUCAACCCUAUGCGGCGAUUCUACUGCUGCAGCCGUCGAGGGUCUGCCGAAGAUUGUGGGUUAUGGGAGUGGGUUGAUCCAGAAUUGAAUGACCACUACAAAGAGUGCAUAUCCAAACUUCGGAAUGAUAUGGCUAGAGCUGAGGAGUUGCGGGAUCAAGCGACAAUGGCGGCUACUUUGAGCAGUCAAAGGUUGGAAUCAAGAUUGGCUGUAAUGAAUUCAGCUGUCGUUGAGCUUGAUCUAUUAAAGGCAAGGAAUGAGACACUGGAAGGAAUUGUACGUGGUCUGUUGUUCAAGAUUCGGACAACCAAAUGGGUUCUUUGCGUUGUGGCCUUGUUGUUUGCUUUGUUGUGGGUUCUGAAGUAAGGUAGUUCAGUUG